GAAGAAGAGAAGUUCUUGGAAAGUCGCUGGAUUUCUUGGCGGAAGAGUGAGCUGGGUUAAGUGGGAUUUACUUUGAUUAAAGCAGAAUGUCGGAGGAGUUUGACGGGCGAUUUAAUGAGCGUCUUCUGGAGCUGACGCAAGAUGCAUUUUGUGAAUUGGGUUUCGAGCUGUUCGAUCCAACCGGACGGCCGACCAACUGCUUGCAGAGUCUUGUCACGGAAUCAAUGAAACCCGCGAGCAAAGCAUCUAAAGCACCAAAACAACCGACAGUCCCAGAGAGUUCCGCAGAAACGGAGGAUAACCUUAUCAGUCAGUUGAACCUGAACUUGGAACAAGCAGGCGAUAUACAGUACCGUAUAUCCAAUCUACUUGCGAUAAUCGAAUGCCACGAAGAAAAGAUAGCAGCUGUGCGACCCGAAUUAACGAAGAAUAUCGAAGACGAGCGCACACCAAUAGGACAGCGAGUAACAGAAACGAAGGAAAAGGUGUACAAAAAGGCGAGCGCAGAGCAAUCUUUGCUGCAGCAAGAGAACCAACGGUUACUCAGGCAAAAAAUCAACAACCCCUCCAGAAGGCGGUCCUCUGGAUCGAAAGCAAUCGAGAGUCUUAUCCAGCAACGAGACCGCGAGUUUCAGUUGUUGAGUGCAUUUUUCAAGUACAUCGUAAGUGAUCUGACGACCCGACGAAAUGUGAAACGUUCGGAGCUAGCCGCGGAUCUUCGCGGAAUUCGUCAAAGUUUACAGUUGCUACUAGAUCAAGACCAACCUCCAGUUGCUUCGAUUUUGGAAGGGCAAUCGACCGACAACCAACAGCAAAGCAGUAUCGCACAUGAGCAGAAAUUUUCCAGCACAAUGCCUAUAACUAAGCAGUUUCCAUCAGAGAAGGCUCAAGGAAGUGGGGCAAGAGAGAAAGGUCCGUCUACCAGCAGCAGUUCGUCGUCGUCGUCGGCGUCGCUACUGAAGAUCCAUCCGCAUUGUCCCCAGGGCGGAAGUAUGGUAAAGGCUGAAAUUAAAUCGGAAAAAGAUGAUUCUACUGAAGUAAUAGAAAUCAUCGACGAUGACGAUGAGGAUUAAGACUCUAGAGUGAGUGUGUUUCUUGGAAGGGAAGUUUAUUAAGUGCUUCUACAUGCAGUAGUCACGCUUUAACAACGGGACGAUAGCAUUCUAGUACUGUAAUGAUUCACUGAUUUAAUAGUAUCGCGUUCUACACUGUAUUAAACAGAUGCUGAAUUAAUCGUCGCUGAAUUGGCCAAUCACAACGUGCCAGCACUUUUAUGUGUAAAAUCAAAUCAAGGACUUAUAUAAUUCACCAAAAUGGAAGGCGCCAUGUGUGCACAAGACGCUCUUCAGUCGGUGCCGGACAUGUUUGGGUGGAAAGAUCAUUCUACGUUGAAAUACUUAUUUGGGGUUGGAUGCAUGACAAUAAACGAUAGACAAACAACACAA